AUGGAGCAAGCAUGGAGGGAUGAAAGACAAGCCCGACAACAAAGAGAUGAUGAAAUCAUUAAUCUUAGAGAUACAGUAUGUGAAAAUGUUUAUGAAAAAUGUUGGUGGAAAAGAAGAUACACUGCAUGUACUCAACAGGCUCAGAAUUUAAAAAGAUAUUAUCGAAAUAUGGUUACCCUACCAGAUGUUAUGCAGGCGAUUAAUUAUGGACAUUCAUUAGGGGUUGUAGGAUUUAAUGAUGGUAUAAAAACUAAUAUAUUAGCAGAUAAGAUAGCAGGAAGGUUCACUCUUCCUAAUCCAUUUAAUAAUAAUGCAGGAAAUCUG